CACUUCCGUUUUGAGUGUGACCAACUUUUCAGCUUGACUUUGUGUUAGCCACAUCUCCCCAUAGUGUUCAACGCCUCGACAGUUUCAGGUCAACAAGAUUCAGUCUGAAUACAGGGUGUGAUUUAAAGAACCAGGGUCGCCGUUGUAGCGAUCAUAUUGUUAUAUUAUACACACACUAGCUCUCAACUGACGGUGGAUUCCGGUUCUUUAUAUCCUAAAGCUAGCUAACGGUCGCGUUAGCAAAACAGCUCCAGGGAUGGCGGAGGUUCCCGGGACUUCAAGUGAGACGAUAACGGAGACUGUUCAGACUAGCACACCGCCACCGCCCCAGCAGGAGGGACGCAGCCUGACCAUCAAGCUGAGGAAGAGGAAGACGGAGAAGAAGGUGGAGUGGUCCAGUGACACCGUCGAUAACGAGCACCUAGGAAGAAGGUCUUCAAAAUGCUGCUGUAUCUACGAGAAGCCGCGGCAGUUUGGCGAGUCGUCCUCUGAAAGCGACGGAGACGACGACGAAGAAGGCUGCGGCAGCGCUCACUGCAUCCUGGGCCACGGCAGGAGGGGUCCUGGACAGGGGGGCGGCGGGGGGACCACGAGGCCCCCAAACUCUGGAGGGCCACACACACACUAGCGUGGCUCAGCACGACAGUGACACAUUACAGCGCUGCACUCUGGUUUAGCUUAGCUCCAUCACUGAAGCCCAGGUAGGCCUGAUGCUGCCAGACACUCUGCUGGAGCCGGGGCUGCUGCUCUGGAAACACAGAGCAACAGGGAUUACUGAAUUAGCCACAUUGAAAAUCCUGCUCCCCUUUCAACAGCUAAACGCAUGCUCAGUAUUGUGCCAACUGACAUACAUAACUUGGAAUGAAAGCUACAAGUUGACAUUUUCAAAUUUCUUUUAAAGAAGUAGUGCUUUUAAAGCACCAAAAGGAGACCUGCUUUAAUUCUAGAAUGUUGGAGGCCAUAGUGGUCUUUUUUUGUGUGUUCCAGCUCUUUUAGAACAGACCACACACAGUACGCAUUGCAUCACUGCUGAGCAUUUCCAAAGCACGGAGCAGAAUGGUGGGAUUAAAACGCUUUGCUACUUUUCAGGCAGCCGUUGGUUUCCAUUUAUUUCACUAUGCUGGUUAAUAAACUCUGAGGUUUGAGAUCCCUCACAGCGAGCGUCACAUUUGCUUUGACUUUUGUCAGAGUCGUUAUGCAGAGAUGCAAUUAAGGUCACAACAGACGAUU